AAGAGGUGGAGUCCGGAAGGCGGCGGCAGCGGCGGCGGCGGCGGUUGCCAGGAGCCCGCGUUGCCGCCUGAGCACCGUAAUAUGGCGGGGAGGAGGAGGAGGAGGCGGCGGUGGAUGGAGCUGCUCUCAGUCAGUACCAAUUGAGCAGUUUGUUUCCUGCCAAGGCCCGGAGCGAGGGGAGGAAAGCUGCCGUGGCCGUGGGAGAACAGUAUUUUUAUGAAGUGCCUACUGUGUACAGACACUGUCCUAUGUAAUGGGGAUUCAGUGGUGAGCAAGACUGAGAAGGUACCUGUGCUUAUGGAGCUUACAUUUUGGUGGAGGAAGAAAGACAAAAACCAAGGAAAUAAACAAGAUAAUUUCAGAUAGUGUGUGAUUGUGGGAAGAUGGAAGAGUAUGAGAAGUUCUGUGAGAAAAUUCUUGCCAGAAUCCAAGAAGCAUCACUAGCCACAGAGAGCUUUCUACCUGUCCAGUCUGAAAGCAUCUCACUUAUUCGCUUCCAUGGAGUGGCUGUGCUUUCUCCACUGCUUAAUAUUGAGAAAAGAAAGGAAAUGCAACAAGAAAAGCAGAAAGCACUUGAUGUAGAAGGAAGAAAGCAGGUUAACAGGAAUAGAGCUUUACUGACACGUGUCCAGGAGAUUCUUGAAAAUGUUCAGGUUAGAAAAGCACCUAAUGCCUGUGAUUUUGAUCAGUGGGAGACUGAAACAGUUUACUCUAAUUCAGAAGUCAGAAACUUGAAUGUUCCUGCUACACUUCCAAAUAUCUUGCCAAGCCCUACUGAACACUCUACUUUAGCAAAGUUUGAAAAGAUACCUGGGAUUUUGCCAUUGAAUACUGAGGACCAAUUUAAAUCUAAUGGGGUAGACUUAGCUAGGGACUCAGAAGAAUUCAAUUAUCUGAAGCAAUGUGAUAGUUCAAAUAUUAGCCACGCAGAAAACGAAGCUUCUCUGAAGACCUCCUCAGCAGCUGCACAAGAGCUACUUAUUUCUGGUGGUCUCUUUCCAACAAAUGAAGAACAAGAUCCGUCACUUCUGGGGGAAGUUACUCCCGAUCCCUACAUAAUGAGUCUUCAGAAGCUGAUGAAAAAGUCAAAGGAAUAUAUAGAAAGAGAGCAAUCUAGACACAGUCUGAGAAGUAGUGCAAAGAGGAGUGUUAGUGAGAGUUAUUCAGACAAAGAAAAUGAUGCUGUUAAAGUGACUGACUGUGAAAAGGAGAAGGCCCAGUUGAUGGGCAGGCACUGUGGUUCAGUUAUUCCUGACAAACCAAGCCUUAAUAAAUCAAAUGUUCUUCUCCAAGGUGCUUCCACUCAAGCAAGCAGCGUGAAUACGUCCAUUUUAGGUAGCUUUUCUAAAGUGGACAUACCUAUACCAACUGGCCAUUCUACUGUUUUAGAGCCUGAUUCUGAUUUUAAACGCAUUCCCACUUUUGUUACUGAAAAUAAUGUUAUCAAAAGUCUUACUGGUUCAUAUGCCAAAUUACCUAGCCCAGAGCCAAGCCUAAGUCCUAAAAUGCAUCGAAGGUGUUCUAGGCCAUCAUCAGCAUGUCAUAUACUUAUAAAUAACCCAAUAAAUGCUUGUGAAUUAAGUCCUAAAGGAAAAGAACAGGUAGUAGACUUAGUUGUUCAAGAAACUGAUGAAAAAACAAAUGUACCUGAAACUGUGCCAGAGUUACCAAUUGAUUUAGCAGGAGUUUGUUCAAGCAAGGUUUAUGUCAGUAAAAAUACAUCUGAAGCCAUACAGGAAAUGGUUUUAGGUAAAUCAAAUCAGGUAUGUCAGUCUUCAGGAAGUCAAUUAGAAAAUAAAGUUAUUCAUGGACUUGCUAUCACGGAAGGUCAGUUAACAUCUGAUGGGAGAGGACCACAGAAAAUGGACAGUACAUGUACUGCAGUGGAAAGAUUGCAUGAGCCAUAUGCCACCAGUCAAUGUAUAGUGAGUCAAAACUUUGGAACUGUGAGUGGACUCAAGUCAGCCAAUGUGUUAGAGAAAAACUCCUGCAAUUUCCAAAUGGGACUGAAUAAGUCUUACGACGUAAAAAACCCAUCUCCUUUACUGAUGCAAAACCAGAAUACCAGACAGCAUAUGGACACCCCUGCAGUGUCCUGUGGAAAUGAACAAUUUUUGGAUAACAGUUUUGAGAAAGUUAAACGGAGACUUGAUUUAGAUAUUGAUAAUUUGCAAAAAGAAAACUGGCCUUAUGUCAUAACAACUGGAAUAGCUGAACAGGAAAGGCAACAUUUGCCAGAAAAAAGAUACUCUAAGGGGUCUGUCUACAUCAACAAGAAUAAAAUGUUAGAAAGUAGUUCAAAAGAAGGUGAGGAGAUAUUAAAAAGCAAGAUGUUAGCUUUCGAAGAAAUGCGGAAGAGACUAGAAGAGCAGCACGCCCAGCAGUUAUCGCUACUCAUAGCUGAGCAGGAAAGGGAACAGGAGAGACUGCAAAAGGAAAUAGAAGAACGGGAGAAAAUGUUAAAAGAGAAGAAGGUGAUUACAGCGGAAGCCUCUGAAUUGGACAUUAGCAAUGCUGUGGACUUAGAAUGGAGAAAGAUAAGUGACUCUGGUUUACUAGAAACAAUGCUGUCUCAAGUGGACUCACUCCAUUCUUCAAAUUCAAAUAGUUCUGGUUUCACAAGUUCUGCCCUACAACACAGCUUUGGUUCUGCAAGUGAAGUACCAUUCUACCUCUGGGGAUCAUCAACUAGUGGCUUGACCAAACUCUCAGUAACAAGACCUUUUGGAAGGGCCAAAACUAAAUGGUCUCAGGUUUUCAGUGCAGAAGUACAAGCAAAAUUUAACAAAGUAACUGCAGUAGCAAAAGGAUUUCUUACUCGUAGGCUCAUGCAGACAGAUAAACUGAAACAACUUCGACAAACUGUAAAAGAUACUAUGGAAUUCAUAAGAAGUUUUCAGUUGGAAGCACCAUUAAAGAGAGGUGUUGUUUCAGCACAAGAUGCUUCUCUUCAGGAAAGAGUGUUAGCUCAGUUGCGAGCUGCCCUGUAUGGUAUUCAUGACAUAUUCUUUGUAAUGGAUGCAGCUGAAAGAAUGUCUAUUCUACAUCAUGAUCGAGAAGUUCGCAAAGAGAAAAUGCUCAGGCAAAUGGAUAAAAUGAAAAGUCCACGAGUGGCUCUUUCAGCUGCAACACAGAAGUCUCUUGAUAGGAAGAAGUACAUGAAAGCUGCAGAAAUGGGAAUGCCAAAUAAGAAAUUUUUGGUUAAGCAAAAUCCUUCUGAAACAAGAGUCCUUCAGCCAAACCAAGGACAGAAUGCACCUGUUCAUAGGCUACUGAGUAGACAAGGAACCCCUAAGACAUCAGUGAAGGGGGUUGUGCAAAAUAGACAGAAGUCUUCACAGAGCAGAGUGCCUAACAGAGCGCCUGUUUCAGGAGUAUAUGCAGGAAAAAUCCAAAGAAAGCAGCCAAAUGUUGCGACAACUUAAGAAGACAACAUUCAUUAGGAUAAAAAAGGGGGGAAGGGUUAGGAUCCAUAUUAUUUUCCCUGCUCACGACUUUUUAUUUAACUCUGGACUCUGUUUACACAGGCAAAGUGAUGCCAAAGGGCUGAAAAAUCAUCUGGAUAUUUUGGUCAGCCUGGCUAAUCCCAUCCCCCCCACCGAAUUUUCCUCUUAAUAUCAGUUUCAGGUGAAGACAAAUUAGUGUUUAGUAAUUGGCUCAUUUCUGUCCUUAACCUGCACAAACAUAAGUUUGUUUUAUUACUCAGGUGUCCGCUGAGAACCUUUUUGUAAACUUAAAGGACAUUUGCGUUUAUUUCUAUAAAAUAUUGAAAAGGUGUGAUAACUUAUAAAUAAGUUCUGAAAUAUAAAUUUCAUUAAUCUCUGCACACUGAUUGCUGAAUUUGAUAAACUAGAUACUGUUCUGUUUGAGGGGAAAUUAUUGCAGAAGAAUGUUUUUCCCCGGUUUUGUAACUUUGAAAACUCUGAUUAAUCUCUCAUAUUCUUGGACUUACAGUGUAACCACAUAGGAUAGAACACUUGCCUGUUGAUUGUGGUCUACCUAAAAUUCACCACAGGAGUAGCUGGGCAUCACCAUUUUGGUCAUAGGUACACAUUCCUCUCAGCAACUAGUUGUCUCACAGAAAUGUUAGGCUUAAUGUAUGUUAAUAAUGUAUGUUACCCUAGUACUAUUAGAAACGUUUCUAUUAAAUUAUAAAAUCUUUCUGUGGAGGGUAUAACAAAUUUGGGGAAGAUAGCACAAUGUUCUUAAAUGUAGUAGCGCUUAGGAAUGAAUGCAUUAUUACAUCUAUUUCUUUAAAAUAGAAUAACGUGUUGCAUGCAGUUACAUUUUCUAUUUAGUCUGUUUAUUUCUUCAUAGUCUGCUUUUUUUUAGCAUGCUGGAUUUAGGGGAGAAUAAAGGGCUAUACAAUAUGAUAAAUUCAGAUUUUCAAAUGGGAUAAUAAUACUGUCUAGUUUAAAGUCUGCAUUACAUAAGAGGCACUAAUGUUUAAGGUUUUUCAUCACUUACAUAAUCAUUUAAAAUAUAAACCAAAAAGUGUUACCAAGGGAACAUGAUUUUAUGAAAAAGAAUGUCACUGUUAAUUUAUCAUGCCAUCUCCAAAAGGGCUUUGUGCUUCUCACAUAAAAUUGGGAACAUUUAUGUGUACAUUUAAUCUUUCUAACUUAAAUUUUAAAAAGAUACUGGUAUUUUGAAAAUGCAGACUAUAUAUAUAUAUUCUUAAUAUUCUCUUAAGAAUGUCGAGAUAAAGAUUGUUUUCUUCGAUUUUCCAUUCCAUUUAAAAUUUAACUUUUACAUCUAGCUGUAGACAGAAAAUAGUAAUCUACUCUGGGUGUAAACUUGAUUUUCUUUAUUGAGAUGUAUCAUUUAUUUAAUGAGUGAAUCAGAAAAUUAGAAAUAGAACACAGUCAAAAAUGUCUGAGUUACCAAUUUAUAUUUGUGGGCAAAGUGUAUCAAAAUUAUCUUAAUAUGAUAAAUUGUGCUUUAUCAUUCUGAAAACUCAGGAUACAGCUUACUCAGAUCUUGUGGGUCUUUCCAGUAUGAAAGAUAGAUGCUAAAAGUUUUGUGUACAGUAAUGCAAAUUGGCUACAACAAAUAGUAUGUUUCAGAGAUAAAACUAGUUUUAGAUUAAGGAUGCAAAACUUGAGUGUUUUUUUUAAGGAUAAAAGCUUGUGUGUUUUAUAAAUUUUUUUAAUGUUCACAGCUUUUUCUCAUAAAAGUGCCAGACAUUGUUUUGUGCUUUUAAUGGAUUUUUAUUUAUAUAUAUUAUUUUUGUUAUUUUUUCUUUGAGUGGAAUGUCCAUGAAUGUAAAUUAUAUUUAUUUUUAUACUUUAAUUUUAAUUUUCACUAGUUUUGCUUCUAGGCAAAAGGCAAAAUAAACUUUUCAUCUUAA